AUGGCAGAGUAUUUAGCUUCAAUAUAUGGUACGGAGAAGGACAAAGUAAACUGUUCAUUCUACUUCAAGAUCGGUGCUUGUCGACACGGAGAUCGUUGUAGCAGGAAACAUGUCAAACCAACGUUCUCCCAAACUAUACUCUGUUCGAAUGUAUAUCAGAAUCCUGCUCACGAUAUGAACUGUAGCAUGACAGAGGAACAAUUACAGCAACAUUUUGACGAUUUUUAUGAAGAUUUUUUUAUAGAGCUAUGCAAAUACGGUGAAGUAGAGGAAAUGCAUGUAUGUGAUAACGUUGGAGAUCACUUGAUAGGGAAUGUAUACGCGAGGUUUGGUUACGAAGAAGACGCACAGAAGGCAGUUGAUAAUCUAAACCAAAGGUUCUAUGCUGGUCGCCCAAUAUACGCCGAACUAUCUCCUGUAACCGACUUUCGCGAAGCUUGCUGCAGACAAAACGAGAAUUCCGAAUGCACACGUGGUGGUUUUUGCAAUUUUAUGCAUCUGAAACAGGUAUCACGCCGACUGAAGAAAGAACUCUUUGCCGCUCAACGUGCUUACUUGUCGGAACAGCGACUUACGAUGAUUGACAAGGAUCUUACCGAAAGAAUAGAGGAAUUAAAGGGAGAAGGAGGAACGGGUGUGAAGAGGAUGGGGCUCGGGAUUCCUGCUGCUUUCUUAUUACCCACGGCAGACGCCUGCAUCGUCUUUUCUUUCUGCUUCUUCUUCAAGUUCCCCCGAUUUCCGCAUUUUCAGAGCGUCUCAUCAACAGAACAGAACGAUUUCGAAGAGAAAACAGGGAAUUACGAAUAA